GGUUUAGGCUAGGAUAGCUGCGUUUAUCUUCUUGCUUUCCACAAACCUCUCCGGAGACAUGGACGCCGCAAUGUUUCAGCUCAGGUCGUUUGUGCAUCAGCGGCUGUACACUGCCGCGGAGGAGAUCCUCGGAGAGGUGGAGAAAACCAUAAAGUUAGCUUUCGAGGCAGGUCCAUCUAAAGAUGAGGCUGGACGUCUGCAGGACCUGCUAGACCUGCGAAUGAAAGCAGCUGCAGAGCGUUCACUGACCAGCAGCACAGUGGAAAGUGAAGAUGAGUGUGAUGCCCCACUGCUGAACCAGGGACCCUCAACACCAGAAGACUCUAAUUGUAAUGCUGAGAUCCCAGGACCCUCUCAAACAAGCUCGGAUCAGGACAAUAAUAACUGGAACUACUGCUCGGUUCAGACAGACUUCAAGAUGCCAGAGAUAAAAGAAGAGCAGGAGGAACUUUGGGAUGACGGUCAAACACAGGAGAUGUAUUUGUCUUCUGAAAUUGUGAAAAGUGAGCAAGAUCUGCAAGAGGGAGAAAUAUCAUAUGAACUACAGCCAGUUUCUUCAGACUGCUCUGCAGCUCAGAGUGAGAACAAUGACAGUGAUGAUGAGGGUUUGAAAAGCAAAGGAGAACAGACAAUGAAGCAGGACGAAAUAAUAUUCCCAGGACAAAGUGGCAGCGUUAAUGAGGAGGACCAAGCAUUAUUGCCCCAUGACAAAAGUCCUGCUAAAAGUGGAAAAAGAGGUCGCUGUUGCCAUUUUUGUGGCAAGGGAUUCCAGUAUGUAGGCUCUUUGAUGAAGCACAUCAAAACACACGAGAAGUCAACUGACUGCACUGUUUGUGGGAUGAAAUGCCAGUCCAAACAAGAGCUGAUAGCUCACUUGAAAAGUAAUCACAACAAAACAUGUUUUUGCGGUGUUUGUGGAAAGACUUUUGACAAACUACGUUCCCUCCGGCUGCAUGAAAAAAUUCAUAAAGACAUGAAAGAGUUUGUGUGUCAAGACUGUGGCAAGAUAUUCUCCCAAAAAGUGCAUCUGAGUGUUCAUAUGAGGACACAUUCUGGGGAGAAACCCUAUCACUGUGAUAUUUGUGGAAAAGCAUUCAGUCAGAGCACUUACCUUACAAUUCAUAAGAGAAGUCACUCAGGAGAGAAACCGUUUCAUUGUAGCCUGUGUGGCAAACUGUUUAAUACAAGCAGUCAUCUUAAAACACAUAUGAGAUAUCAUACAGGAGAAAAACCUUACCCAUGUGAUAUUUGUGGUAAACGUUUUCGCCAAAGCGGGCAAAUGACUACACAUAGGACCAUACAUACAGGAGAGAGGCCCUAUGGCUGCCAUAUUUGUGGUAUAAGAUACAGGUAUGCACCUGGUCUGAAGUUGCACCUGAAAUCUCAUGAAAAGGCAGCCACUGAGUGAAACCGCUAACAUUAACCAGGCAGACCAUCUUGUAAGCUUAAAUAUAAACAUAUAUGCAGUUUUAGAUUAAAAUAUAUAUGAAAAACAUGCCAUUACAAAGGCAAUGAUGAAUUUUCUUUAUCUUUAACACUAAAUCAACUUGCGUCGUUCAUCUAAGAGAGUUCAAAACUAAAUUGUCUCUUCGUUUUUUGUAAGGGGGGGGUCGUAAAACAACAAAAAAAGGAAAUGUGGGUACGGAGGAAAAGAGAGAGGGUUUUGUUUCCUGACAGUUUGUGAGUUCCCUGCUACACCAGGGCCACAUAUUUAUGUAUAAAGGACAUUAAAAAGUGUAUUGCUUUACUGCUCAUAUGUCUGUAUAUUUAAUGCAAUGGCAUUGUGCCGGUUUUUUAUGGGGUAGUUAGAAACCU